GAGAAGACUAAUGUUCUGAUCCAUAGAAUUUCUAAGUAUUCCCACUAGAGAGCACCGCCGUUUAGGUAGAUGCAACGAGCAUUAAUGCAGUAAAGCACGUGGCAUUAGUUUGUGUAUUGUAUGCUUAAUUUUUAUUAUUUAGUUAAAUAAAACAAUUUAGACGCGAUUUUCAAUUGCAAUGACGGCUGCAUCUGAAUCUGAUUCGGAAGUUAAUUCUUCGGAUGAAGAAUUACAAGAAGCUUUUGCAUCGGGUUUAUUAAAACCUGGCCUCAAUGCUAUUAUUGAGACAAAUAAGAAGGUACACAAGAAUAAUAUUAAUUUAAUGAAGACAAAAUUAGAAGAAAUAAAGUUAAAUUUACCAUGGAUAGAACGGUUGGAUAUGGUCAAUGCUUUGGCACCGUUAGCACCAGAGUUAGCGCUUCAAAUGCAAGAACAAGAAGUAAGACGCACUAAACAAUUACAAGGAAACAAAAAAUUACCUCAAUUCGAUCCGUCAGAAGAUCCAGUUUUAAAUGAUUUUCGUAGAGAAACAAUGUUCCAUCGGCAAGCACAAGGUGCUGUUAUUGAUGGCAUUGCAAGGUUAAAAAAACUCGGUGUCCCAGUUACAAGACCGGAUGAUUAUUUUGCGGAAAUGGCUAAAACUGACAAGCAAAUGCAAAAGGUUAAAGAAAAUUUGAUGAAAAAGCAAUUAAUUGCACAGAGAUCAGAAAAAGUAAGGCAGUUGAGACAACAAAGGAAGAUUAGCAAACAGAUGCAAGUUGAAUCAACUUUGAAGAAACAUGCAGAAAAGAGAAAAAUGUUAGAAGAAGUGAAAAAGUAUCGUAAAGGUAUAAGACAUGAUUUAGACUUUUUAGAUGAUAAGAAAAAGUCACAAAAUAAGUCAGGUAAUAGAAAACUAGAUCCAAAAGUUCAAGCUAAGAUUAAGAUGAAGAAUGCAAAGUAUGGUUACGGUGGUAAAAAGCGUGAUAGUAAGAGAAAUACCAAAUCUAGUUCAGCUGAUGUUUCUGAAUACCGAAAACCUCAAAAACCAGGUCAGGGACGUAAGGGUAAAGGCGGAAAUACAAAACAGCAAAGGCCUGGCAAAAAUCGUAGAAUACAGAUGAAAGCUAGGAAAAAAUGAAACUGUUUAAAUAUUAAGUAUCCCUAUUUUUAAAAAGAUUGACGUAUGAUACAUAAAAUAACAAUAAAAAUUUGUUAUUUUCAAAUAAAUAUGUAUAUACAU